AUGCAGAAGAUGAGUGGACCCUCUCAGAACAAGUCAAGCAACAUGGGAAGUAACCUGAUUGCAGAUGGACACAGAGAGAUAGGUGGGGGUGGGAGUAACUUCAUAGCUGGAGUCUUCAUCCAGGCCAUGAAUAAGAAGAUGAGUAUCUAUGAUGCCAUGAUGAGGGGGCUCCUGACACCAGGUACAGCCCUGGUGCUGCUGGAGGCACAGGCUGCUUCAGGGUUCCUCACCGACCCCGUGAGGAAUGAGAAACUAUCGGUGAAAGAGGCACUGACUGCAGGACUCAUAGGCAGAGAUUUUUAUGAGAAGCUGCUGUCAGCAGAGGGAGCCGUGACAGGGUACACAGAGCCGUACACAGGACACAAGAUCUCCCUCUUCCAGGCCAUGAAGAAAGAGUUCAUCGUGAAGGAACAUGCUAUCCGCCUGCUCGAGGCCCAGAUCGCCACCGGCGGCAUCAUUGACCCUGUGUACUGCCAUCGCAUCCCUGUGGACGUGGCCUAUCAGCACGGCUACUUUGACCAGGAGAUGUGCCAGUUUCUUUCUAACCCCGAGAAUCAAACAAGAAGUUGCUUCGACCCCAACACUCACGAAAACCUCACUUAUACACAGCUCCUCCGCCGCUGCGUGCCUGACCCAGACACGGGGCUGCUCAUGCUCCACGUGAUGGAUAAGGGCUCCGUGCUCUACCAGCUAAACAAGGAUGCCCGGAAAGCCCUGCAGGCCGCCCGCACCACCGUCAGUGUGGGGCUCUUCCAGGGCCAGAGCGUCACCAUCUGGGAGCUCCUCUUCUCCCGCUAUAUCCCUGAUCACCAGAGAGAGGAGCUGCUGAGGAAAUACAAGGCGGGGACUGUGACCAUCCCGGAGAUGAUCAGCCUCCUUACCACCAUCAUCACGGGGGCAGAAAUGGAAAACGGAGAUCUGAGCUCAUCCACAGUUAUACCCAACAACGAGGUGGGAGCAUCACAACCAGUUCAGGAAACGCACUGCCAGGAGCAACAGUUGAGAAAGUCCUUGAAGUCUGCAACCAUCUAUGUCACUGCUGGUGAGUUCCAGGGGCAAAACAUUUCCUUGUUGGAUCUGCUCUUUUCCAAAUACAUCCCUCAAGGGAAGCGUCAGGAGCUGCUGGAGCUAUACAGAGCAGGGAUACUGACCACAGAACAGGUGGCUACUGUAGUCACCGCCAUCAUAAACCGAACAGAAGCUGCAAAUGCCGUGCUCAUGGCAAAUGCCAGAAGUCCACACAAGGCAGUGACAAGGGCAGAGGAAAACGGAGAUGAUUUUUCAACACAAGAGACACAACUAGAUAACAUCUUGAAGUCUACCACCAUUGAUAUGCCAGCUGGUGAGCUGCAGGGGAGGCAGGUCUCUGUGUGGGACCUGCUCUUCUCUGACUACAUCCCUGAGGAGAAAAGGCAGGAGCUCCUGGAGCUGUACCGUGAAAGGGUAUUAACUCUGGAGCAGAUGAUAACUGUUGUCACCACUGUUGUUAAGAAAAAAGAAUCUACAAGCAGAAAAUUCCUAAUUGCAGUCAAGACUUCUGACAAAGACACUGUGUCAGCAGCAGAAGAGAAGGAUGAUGACUCCCCCAAAGAAGAACCAUGGGAAACAGCCUUGAAAACCACAGUCGUUGACAUGGAGGUUGGGGAGUUUCAGGGCCACAAGGUCUCUGUGUGGGACCUGCUCCACUCCAAGUACAUCCCUGAGGAGAACCGAAAGGAGCUCCUGGAGCUGUACCAGGCAGGAGAGUUAACCCUUGAGCAGGUGAAAACCGUUGUCAGCACCAUUGUAACCAAGGCAGAAGCAGCAAGGGCAGAGCAACUGGCAAAUGCAAGUAGUCCAAGAGCAGAGUCAACAGUUGCAGAAGCUGAGCACACCCACCUGCAGGAGGACAGGACCUGGGAAGAGACCCUGAAGUCCACCACAGUCAAGAUGUCAGUGGAUGAGUUCCAGGGGAAGCAGGUCUCUGUGUGGGACCUGCUCUUCUCUGACUACAUCCCUGAGGAGAAAAGGCAGGAGCUCCUGGAGCUGUACCGUGUGGGGACACUCACCAUUCAGGAACUGGUGAGCACCACCAGCAGCAUUGUGACAGACAGAAAAGAAAGGCAUCUUGCGACCCUUCCCCAGGAGACAGUGGAUCUCCUCCAGUCUGAAGGCUCUUACAUUACUUUUGGCCCCUUCCAGGAGCAGAGGGUGUCAGUGUGGGACCUCCUGUCCACCAAGCAAGUCUCUGAGUACAAACGAGAGGCACAUCUUGACACUUACGGCACAGGAGGACUGACUGUGAACAAGAUCACCAUCACCACCACCGUCAUCACAGGCCCACAGCGUAAGAAGAGACACCACCAGGACCACUAG